AUUCCCCCUUCAGGUCCUGGGAGAGACACCUUUUUUAUCCAAGGGCCUGCCUUGUCCACCAUGAAAGGCUCCCGGACCAUUGGCGGUGCCCCCAAGGGCAGCCCGGCAGGUGUGGACCUGAGUCUGACAGGCCUUCCUCCGCCCUUGUCCCGGCGCCCCAGCAGUGCCUCUGCCACCAAGCCCAUCGUCCGCUCUGUCUCUGUGGUCACCGGGAGUGAGCAGAGGAGGAAGGUGCUGGAGGUCACAGGGUCUGGGGGCUCCCGUGCCAUCAACAACCUUCGAAGAUCCAACAGUACCACGCAGGUCAACCAGCCUCGGGCUGGCUCCCCCAGGCCAGCAGAGCCCGCAGAUUUCCUGUUGCUCUUUGAGGGCAGCCCCGAUGGGAGGAAGAGGUCAGGUAGCCUCAGCAAAGCUCCUGAUGACCAGGGAGCCACAUGGAAUGUACUGGAUGACCAGCCCAGGGGCUUCACCUUGCCAUCUAAUGCCCGGAGUUCCAGCGCCCUUGACUCCCCAGCGGGCCCACGGAGGAAAGAAUGUACCAUGGUCCUGGCACCCAACUUCACUGCUAACAACAGGAGCAACAAGGGAGCCGUGGGCAACUGCGUCACCAGCAUGGUGCACAACUGCUACACACCCUCAGAGAGACCGCCCCCGCUCAAAAGCUCCAACCAGACUGCUCCCUCCCUCAACAACAUCAUCAAGGCUGCCACCCGUGAGGGCAACGAGAACAGCAGCUCCAGGAAGCCACAGAAGAAUGUCUCCAGCACAAGCCACGAGACCCAGAACAACACGGGGGACACCACAGGCCUGCUCAGGCGGAAGGAAGUGACGGAGGAGGAGGCUGAGAGGUUUAUCCACCAGGUGAACCAGGCUGCUAUCACCAUCCAGCGCUGGUAUCGCCACCAGAUGCAGCGGCGCCGAGCAGGAACUGCCAACCUAGAUCACCUGCUGGAGGCCAAGCGAGAGGAGCAGUGGCAGCGACUGGGCGAGGGGACCCUUCUGGACCUGCACCAGCAGAAGGAGGUGGCGCGGAAGAAAGCCCGAGAGGAGAAGGCACGCCAGGCCAGGCGAGCGGCCAUUCAGGAGCUGCAGCAGAAACGAGCCCAGAAGUCAGGCACAGUUGAGCUUGGGCGCCCAGAGGGGACCAGGGAGACCAGAGUACCACGAGCACCUCGGUCUGCUCAGGAGCUGCAACUGCCUCCGGGCAGUACUGCCUGCCAGGCCCUCAAGGCCAACAAUGCGGGUGCUGGCUUCCGCACAGCAGGCCCCACAGACCUGUGCCCACCUGUCUCCAACUUCUCCCCAGAGCCCCAGCAGUCUCCAGAGGACAAGCUGCAGCAGGUUCUCUCCCAGGAUGUGGCCAGGAAGGGCCUGGAGGCAGUGGCCCCCCAUCGGGGCAAGUCCAGGUCCAGGGGGCCACUGGAUGAGCUGCUGCACACACUGCAGCUGCUGGAGCAGGAGCCGGAGCCACUGCCCCGCCCCAGGGCCUGUCACCGGGGCAGAUAUGCCUGGGCCAACGAGGAGGACGACACUAGCUCUUUGACAGCUGACAACCUGGAGAAAUUUGGGAAGCUCAGUGCACCCCCUGGGCCCCCUGAGGAUGGGACACUGCUCUCAGAGGCUAAGCUACAGAGCAUCAUGAGCUUCCUGGACGAGAUGGAGAAGUCUGCGCAGGACCGGCCUGACCCUCAGCGGGAGGGGCUGCUGCUGGAGGCAGGGCAGGGGCCCCUCGAACUGGCAUCUGAGGGAAGCGCAUCCAUGUUACGGCUGAAGCUGGAGGUGGAGGAGAAGAGGCAGGCCAUGGUGCUGCUGCAGAAAGCCCUGGCCCAGCAGCGCGACCUCACUGUCCGGCGGGUCAAGGAGACAGAGAAGGAGCUGAGCCGGCAGCUGCAGCGGCAAAGGGAGCACUACGAGGCCACCAUCCAGCGGCACCUGGCCUUCAUUGACCAGCUGAUUGAAGACAAGAAGGUCCUGAACGAGAAGUGUGAGGCCAUGGUGGCCCAGCUGCGGCAGGAGGACCAGAGGUGCCAGGCGCGUGUGGCCCAGGCGCAGGAGCAGCAUGAGCUGGAGAUUAAGAAACUCAAAGAAUUAAUGAGCGCCACUGAAAAAGUCCGCCGGGAGAAGUGGAUCAAUGAGAAAACCAAAAAGAUCAAGGAGAUCACUGUGAGAGGCCUGGAGCCCGAGAUCCAGAAGCUGAUCGCCAAGCACAAGCAGGAGGUGCGGAAGCUCCGGAGCCUGCAUGAAGCAGAGCUGCUGCAGUCGGACGAGCGGGCCUCGCAGCGCUACCUGCGCCAAGCCGAGGAGCUGCGGGCACAGCUGGAGCAGGAGAAGGAGGCGCUGGGCCAGCAGGAGCGGGAGCGCGCCCGGCAGCGGUUUGAGCAUCACCUAGAGCAGGAGCAGUGGGCACUGCAGCAGCAGCGGCAACGGCUGUACAGCGAGGUGGCCCAGGAGAGAGAGAGGCUGGACCAGCAGGCCACCAGGCAGCGGGCAGAGCUGGAGGACCUGAGGCAACAGCUGGAGGAGAGCAGCUCCGCACUGACCCGAGCCCUGAGGGCUGAGUUUGAGAAGGGCAGGGAGGAGCAGGAGCGCCGGCACCAGAUGGAGCUGAAGGCCCUGAAGGACCAGCUGGAACUGGAGAGGCAGGCGUGGGAGGCCGGCUGCGCCAGGAAGGAGGAGGCAUUGCUGCUGAACCGGGAACAGGAGCUGAGGGAGGAAAUCCGGAGAGGCCGCGACAAGGAGAUCGAGCUGGUCAUCCGCCGGCUGGAGGCUGACAUGACGCUAGCCAAGGAGGAGAGCGAGAGGGCUGCCGAGGGCCGCAUCAAGCGCAUUCGGGACAAGUACGAGGCCGAGCUCUCCGAGCUGGAGCAGUCAGAGCGGAAGCUUCAGGAGCGGUGCGCGGAGCUGAAGGGCCAGCUCGGGGCGGCUGAGGGGGAGAGUGUGCGUCUGCAGGGCCUGGUGCGGCAGAAGGGGCGGGAGCUGGAGGACCUGCGGGCGGUGAAUGAGCAGCUGAACGGGGAGCGCAGCAGCCUGGCCCAGGUGAUCCGCCGGGAGUUUGAGGACCGGCUGGCAGCUUCCGAGCAGGAGUUGCAGCGGGCGAAGGCUGAGCUGGCUGAGCUGCAGGCCCGCCAGCGGCUGGAGCUGGAGGAGGUGCACCGGAGGGUGAAGAUGGCCCUCGCAAAGAAGGAGGAAGCCGUGAGUAGCCUCCGGACACAGCACGAGGCUGCAGUGAAGCGAGCUGACCACCUGGAGGAGCUGCUGGAGCAACACAGGGGACCCCGCUGAGUGCCAAGUGACAAUGAGGAUGACAGGGACACCGGCGAGGGAUGGAAGGUGGAGGAUGGAGGGCCUGAGGCUGGCACAGGGCUGAGGGUGGGCACCUCGUGUGGGGCCAGGUAGGAGCUGCCUGGCCCUGCCAGAGGCAGGUGCUCAGAACACAUGGUCCCAGACUGUGGCUGCGUUUUAAUAGUAAAAGAAGUCGUUUUCUAGGG